GACGUAGUUGAUAAAGUUAUUGUAUUGUUGCGAUAACACAUUUCUUUGCAAUUUUGCAUACAAGAUGGAAUUAAUUGACAACGAUAUUCGGCAGUGGGAUGCGAAUGAUAUUAAAGAGCAGUUUGGUGAUAAUCUCAUGUUACUACCUUCUAACGAUAACAUAAAGGAACUACAAACGAUACUUCGAGACAAAAAUACAAGUCGCAGUGAUUUCAAGUUUUACGCAGAUCGCUUAAUUAGAUUGGUUAUUGAAGAGAGCUUAAAUAAACUGCCGUUCACUGAUUGUGAGGUAGUUACACCGACGGGAGCAUUAUACAAAGGUUUGAAGUAUGGUUCGGGAAAUUGUGGAGUUUCUAUUGUCAGGUCUGGAGAGGCCAUGGAACAGGGCUUACGAGACUGUUGCAGAUCAAUUCGCAUUGGUAAAAUAUUAGUUGAAAGUGACAAUGACACCCAUGAAGCACAUGUUGUAUAUGCCAAGUUUCCAGAAGACAUAGCUCGUAGACAAGUAUUACUGAUGUAUCCUAUUAUGUCCACAGGCAACACUGUUAAACAGGCUGUAAAUGUCCUCACGCAACACGGCGUCAAAGAGGAACGUAUAAUUCUAUCAAACCUCUUUUGCACUCCCGCUGCCGCACAAGCAGUCGUCGAUUACGUUCCUAAGAUGAAAAUACUAACUUCAGAACUACACCCCGUUGCUCCAAACCACUUCGGACAGAAAUACUUUGGAACCGAUUGAUAUGAGGAUGACUUUGAGGCUUAAACCUCUUGUAGAGAGUAUUAAAGAUCUAAUGGACUUGAUCAUUUACUUAUCAGUGUGUAAAAAUGCUUAAGUUGUGUUGCUAGUUAUAAAUAAUUUGCUUUAAAUGUGGCAACAUUAUUUUUAAAGUCAAUAAAUGUUAUUUAUUUAAUAAAAAGUAGUGUAUUGACUGAGUUUAACAAAUGUGUAUGAAAUAAAUAUUUCUGAUACUGUAAUUUAGUUUUUAUGUAUUAUUAAUACAGAGCUUGUAUGAUUUAUGCUUUUAUAAAAUGAGAUCUAAACGUGUUAAAAAAUUUGUGUCAGUCAGCAUUCUGAUUAAGAUGUAAAAAAUAAAAACAAUAAAAUAAGUUUUUUUUAAAUACUUCUUUUUUGUUCUAAUAUCUAUAUUUUUUUUUCUAUUGUAUUUAACAUUAAACUUGAUCAAUAUAUUUUUUACUGGCAAAGCGUUUAAAUCAAAUGCGUUAAUUUAAUUGUGAAAAAAUACAAAUAAACUGUUUAAAAUUAUUAUUUUUUAUUUUGUUUGUGUUGAUUUAUUGCGAUGUUUUUACAAAACGGUCUUGAAAGCAAUCCAUUUUUUUGUCAUUAGUUCCAUAGUUUAAGUUUAAUGUUUACUUUAGAAACAGUUCUAACAAUUGUUUUUGUUUAGAAUCUUUACAUGUCGCGCCGAACAGUGCAGUGCAUACACUUAUUUGCAUUAGAGAAACAUUUUAAAAUUCUGUUGGUUACGAGUUUGAAAUUCUAAAUUAUUAUUCAUUUUUUUUUUAGAAAUGUGUAUUUAUCAGGAUAAUAGAUUUCUUCUGCGCCAGUUAUUCAACAGACUUUAUAAUUUGUUGACACUGCUUUCGUCGUACUUUCCUGAUUUUGAAUACUCGUGUGCGCACUUUACAAAGUUCUAAACUUACGCUAAGUUUUGCAGCGAUCUCAUUAUUGGUCUAAAUUCAAAAUUUAGUGAAUCGUGUAUUUGUAAUUAUCAUAUAUAGUUAACUAAUUACGUUGUUUUCAAUAAAAAUAAUAUUAAUACGC